CUGGACAAACGCUACACGACACAACGUUUUUUCCCCCCUCGACGUCUGGGGCAGAGAAACUGUGGAUUUAUCCGGGUUUUUUUUGGACAACGACGCGAAAAAAACUUGCAUUAGGGACACUUCUCCGACUAGGGCAUUGGAGAUUUCCGCGAGAACAAGUUUACAGGGUCGUUUUCUGGUGACAUUCUGGGACCGGAAAAGAGCUGUUUCCCCCCAGACAGCUGGUUUGUGGAUUCCCCCAUUUGCGCCUGAAGUUGAGUGAGCCGGCUGAGAUGAGUGGUCCAGAAGUGGCCAAGACUCCGGGAGGUGGAGCACCGGGCAAGGAGGGAAAGGAGCCAGUGGCCAAUGGGCACGCAGGAGAGGGCAACGAUGCCAACCCAUUCGCUGAAUACAUGUGGAUGGAGAAUGAAGAGGAGUAUAACAGACAGGUGGAAGAGGAGCUGUUGGAGCAAGAGUUUUUGGAGCGCUGCUUCCAGGAAAUGCUGGAGGAAGAGGACCAGGAUUGGUUCAUUCCUUCGCGUGACCUCAACAACCAGGGGGUGGGGCAGCUGCAGCAGCAGCUCAAUGGUCUGUCAGUCAACGAUCACCACGGCAACCUGGAGGAAGUGGCGAGGAAGAGCAUCUUGAAUCCUGAGGCGAAGGAGUUUGUCCCGGGGAAGAAAUACUAGGAGUCCCCCUCACCCCCAUGGAGCCUCCACACGCGCACAAACACACGCAUACACCUGUCCUCACAUACUCUCAGAGACUCUUGCGGCCCAGACCGCACACACACUGAUUCUUACGCACACACGCAUGCACACACACAUCUACACACUUGAAGUCAGUGGCGUGCUGGCAGGCCCAGUUGGGGGGUGGGGGGAUUUCUUUUUUUUCUUUUCUUUUUGUUUCUUUAAUCUUUUUAUUUCCUGUUUGUUUCUUGUAAACUAAGGGACAUUGGGAACAGGGGUGGGGGAUGGGUGUAAUACUAGCAACGCCCUACUGCGGGCGCUAGCUCAUCAUCGCAUUUCAGAUGACAUUGUUGACGUUUACAGAAUACGCAGAAGUCAUUGACGUCCCCUUAGAUCUGCGGCAGCUACCAAGGAGCGAUGCCAGAAAAAAACUUCAACCCAAAAUAUUUAAAAAAAAAAAAAAAUAUGUCACAUACUUGUACAUUUGUUUGCUGUUAAAUUAAAUUAAAUCACAGGAGCAGUAAAUCGAGGGGUUCCACGACAGAGAGGUUAGAGAACGACAAACAUUUCAGGGGACUUCAUGGGUUUCUGCCGCUGCUCUGUAUAGUCAUUACAGCAAGUCAACAGUUUGCCGAUGAUGAUGUCAUAAGCUUCUAUGACAUCACAGCUCCAGUGCAUCUAGAAAUGCUGGUUCCUAUUUUUAUGUGCAGAGGCUCCGUUUCAAACCAAAUACAGACCCGACCCCCCCCCCCUCACGCUAGAUUUUAGUGAGCUGAAUGGACAUUGACAGCUGUAAUCAUGGCUUAGAAAUUAUUUUUCCAGUUUGUGUGGAAGUCCAUGUUUAUUUUUGUCCAGCUUCUUUGGAAAGAAGCACGAGUUUCCAAUCCUUCGUCAAGUGAAGUGAAGUCAAGCAAGAAAAAUCCUUACGGUAGAGGGAAGGUCAGAGCAUUUUGAACCUUUUUUACGAAAACUCAGUUGUCAUCUUUUUUUCGUUUGGUAUGGCUUCAUCCUUAAGUUCAGUUUGUGGGGUGCAGCGAACGACCUUGUUAAAGGGGAGUAUUUGGUGUGGAACAAUGCCACUGCCUCUUUCUGCCGGGAAAACUUGGUUUUGUCCAGCAUCAGAUCAAGUGUCCAUAUCCAAAUCAGGUUUUCAAGUAUCCUCUCCUCUUCUAUUUGUUUUUUUCUUUUUGGUAAAGUUUUGAGGACGAGGCAUUUGUGUCUCUACUGGGUACAGUAACCUGUGGUGUCCAUUCAAUCCUGAAUGCAGGAGGAAAUGUUAGUAGGUAAUAUUGCCUCAGCCAUUCAAAAUAAAGCAGUAUCAAAUGGCUGACAGUAUGGCUUCCUUGCUUUCCUCUUUUUGUAGGUUGACGUCUUUUGAGGAAGUUCCUCUUUUAAACCAUAAAUCGUUGUGGUAUGGCUUUCCUAGAAGCAUCGCCCCAUGGUGCAAAGUAUAUCCUCCGUUAAAUUGUGAGCCACUAGGAAAACAUUGUAUAUGUGAAGAUGUCUUUUAGGAAACUCGGAUUCAAACCAACAACUAUCAAGUAAUCUUUUCUAGUUCUCAGCCAACUUGGCCUAAAAAUACAGAGGCAGUAUUGUCACAAGAGAAAAUCUUGUGAUGUGAACGUUCUUAUUCAUGCCACUGUUUCUAUGUGGUAUUGACAAUAAUGUUUUUUGUAUUUCACUGCAGCAGCAUUAAGGAGACACUUGUGCACCUGAAUUAAGGUGGUCCGAAAGGUUAAAGCACUUUUUCUGGCUUUAAUGAGGCUUUUUCCAGUUUGGGUUUUUUUUGGUCAGCAUGGGGGCCCAAGUGUGUUCUUAAAGUGAGCAGUAGAAACAGUCAAAUGUUGGGUCAAAUUGAACUUCCUCACGCAGUGCUGGAACACAGAUGUUGAAUGGCACCCUGGUGAAGCCAUUAGGAAUGUCCGCCAGGUGGAUUGUACAACAUGAAAUCAUUUUUGGUGAUUCGUUUAGAUGAGUUAGAUGACAGAAGCCGUAAAAAAAAAGAAGAAAAAAAAGGUCCAGAAGACACAGAGUAUGAAUUUCAUUACAAACAAAAAUAAUGAAAAAAGAUGAAUAAAGAUGUUAAAGACAAA